AUGGCCGACACAAUGGGAACGCCUGCAAAGGGCAUCAAGAAGAAGAAGGCGUUCGCAUUCCUCAAGUCAGGUCCCAAGUCAAGCCCAAGCUCCGAUGCAGACGGAGGGCAAUCCGGCGGCGGGAAAUCUGGCAACGAAGCAGGCGAGGACGACGAUGGCCUCGACUUAUUCAGGCGAUCCCGCGACUUCUUCCCUAUCGUGGUGCAAGAGCAGGUGCGCCCGCAGGUCUCACCAGAUGAAGUAGAAGACCACGAUCGACUUUCUCAAGCAAGCACUCAAUCCCCGUCGCCUCCAUCUUCCAAGCGACGCAAGCUCUCGUCGCCCAUGCGCACGACCGACUUUAAGGACACCGAAGACGACCUGUACGGGCCACCAACGCCUCCGCGUCGCUCCACAAAGUCAAUUUCAACAUCUCCACAGAAGCCACGCACGAUGCGGUCAACGCCGUCGCCAGCUCAGAGCAAGGGAAAGGGAAGCGUGCAACCGGUGCAAGGUGACAUUCUGCUUACACCCACAAGAUCGAGCUCCAACCAGCCAUGCGCCAAUGAGGUGAUCUCCCUGGUCGAUGAGGAGGAUGAUGCCUUUGAGAAGCUUCCUCCAUCCAGGCGUGCCACAUCUGCAGCGACGACCAGCACGAGAACAAUCAGGGACGCUUCAGUAACUCGGGAUGAGGAGACGCCAAGUUUUGUUUCAAUCACAAUUGAUGACGACGAUGACGACUUGUUCGAGAACUCUUCGAACACUGCAGACAAGGAUGACCCAUUUGCACAUUUCGUUGUGCGUGCCAGGGAGCGCGAGGAUGCCGCCAAGGCUGAGGCGGCCGCAGCAGCGGCAUCCAGAGCUGAGUGCCAACCCGCAACCCCAGAUGGCGCGCCAAAGAGGGAGCCCAUGAUUGAGGUCGAGAUUUUUGUUCAAUCACGCAUGGCGAGGUUCCCUGAUGUCGGUCCCUUUGGCGCGAAGCGUGGCAUGAGCCAGAACCUGGGAGUCAUUCGCCGGUUCUUCAUAAUGUGGCUGCAGAAGGGUGGUCAUGCAAUCUCUGAAGAGGACGAGGCAAACACCUUUCUCACCUGGAAGCGCCGCAAGAUCUACGACGUGUCCACGGGCGUCAGUUUGGGGUGGAAACUGCCAGCCGCCGAGAACUCGAGAUCGUCCUCAACCCCUGGAUUCAUGAAGGGAGGUGUCCUUCUCGAGGCGUGGACUCAGGAGGAUUAUGACAGGUGGCUUGCUGAGGAGGAGAAGCAGAGGAUGGUGAAACGCGGGGAUCUGGUCGAGGAUGUAUCCGACGAGGAAUUUGCCGAGGAGCCGGACGAGAGGGACACAAAAAUUCGAAUUUCCAUCAAGGAGAAGGAUCAAGAGCCGUUCAAAUUGACAGUCUACGCCGACAUGCAGAUCCGCCUUCUCAUUCCUGCGAUUCGGAAGAUGAGGAAAAUCCCCAAUGACCGAGAGAUCAAGCUUAGAUUCGAGGGCGAGUGGUUAGAGGGAGACGGGACAGUUGAAGAGGCUGACAUUGAGGACCUCUGUACCGUUGAGAUGUAUCUGAGGUAA